AUGGGAGAAGUAGCAAUCAAUAUUCCUUUAGGAUAGCCAUUAAAUAAAGAUUAAAAACUAAUAGAAAUGCAAGAAGAAUUAAAAUAUCAUAUUAAUUAUGUGAAUGAUUGCUUUGAUAAAGAAUUGUUAACUAUAGGAAGUUCGAAAAAUCAGAAUGGAAGAAGAAUUAAAUUAUCAUAAUAUAAAGUAAAUCAUGCUAUUUUUGGUUUUUCUGUAAAUACCUUUGAAUUACGCAACCAUGUGAAUUUCUUAAGUUAAUAAUUUUACUAAAUUUGUAUAUCCGAGCCUAUAUAUUAAAAUAAUAGUAAAUAUAAAUUUUAAUAAAGAAAAUUGCUUAUAGAAAGAGAUUGACCAAUCAUUUAUAAUGAAAAGAAUAAAACCUUUAACAGUUUAAUUUGGCUUAAGACAAAUAUUAAUAUAGAUUCUGUAAGUAAUUAUGUGUAUUGGUUUAAUUGUUUGGGAUGUAUUCUAAUUACAAAUAAAUAUAUUUCCAGAGAUCUCUGGAUCAAGUAUUCAUUACUUAUUAUAUCUGAGAAUAGCCUUAAUUUUUUUGCUCUCUGUUUCAUAAUAUAUGUAUCAAAAUUAUAAAUUUAGUUAUGUGAGUCGAGCUUUAAAAAUUCAAUUUUAUAUAUCUUAUCUUUUAAGUUUGAUAAUAACUUGCUUAACUAUUUUAUGCUUAUAUGGAUAUAACCUCUUAAACGAGAAUUAUGAACAAAUAGUAAUGCAGAUGUCAUAAUGUGGAGUUAUAUUAAUUGGAUGCUUUCUUUUAUGCAUUCAUUUAUAUAAAUUAGAAAUUAAUUUAUAAAGAAUAAGAGUAUUACUGGGAGCAUAAUAUUAAUCACCACUAUGUUGCUUUUGA